AUGUUUUUUUGUGAGAAAUUCAAAGAAAACAAUUACAAGAUAUCUUACGGUUACAGACAUAUAGUGAAUGCAAACGACGCGUACAGACACUACAUCUUCAUUGGAAAAGACUUCUGGCGAUUGAAACCAAACGACGUAAUGGACGACAAAUUCAAGACAGUGUCCAUCGAUGUGGAGAGCAGUGGACACAGCGAUUGGUUUGGAGCCGACUAUUCAAUGGCUAUCUGUCUGUUAUAUCUGUCAUAUGAUAACAUGGAUGCAAGACAUGAAGAAUACGGCAUCAGUGGACUCAUGAAGACGGGAAGUAAAGACAUUGAUUGGACUGUUUUGGACGCAAACCUCAACAUUAAUCGCAAUUAUAACCCAAAGGCCAAAUCGAUUGCUACCGACGCCCAGACAGCGACUAUGUCUUGGGUUAUGAAUUACGUGUAUAACCGAAAAAAUAGCACACAUCUGAGACACGUGUACUUCUGGGACGGAUCUAAGACACUGUCGCGUCAUUUCGCUGACUACAAGGACCCCGACCUCCCGGAAGGCAUUGACGAGAGACGCCAUUAUAAACUUUACGACCUAAUCCUCGCCAAUCGCAAAGAGUCUCCAGUGAUCGCAGUCUUAGGCCAAAGAGAUUUGAGACAAAUAAGUGACGAUUCAUUGAUUGUAUUGUUUCAACACAAACACGAGAUUAAGUAUUGUUACGCAGAUCUCAGUCUCGACAAAAUGCCAGAAGUGUGCGAAGACAAGAAUCUCAAGACACUCAUUGACUGCGAUCUUAAUCUUCCUCCGACACCGACUCCCACUCCAAGUGCCAGUCCCUCGACAUCCAAUUGGAUUGCAUUAGUGAUACUCGUUAUCCUUGUUGUUGUCAUAGUUGUGGUCAUGUAUUUUGUCUAUAAGUGGUUCACAAAACCCAAAACCGAUGACAAUUCUGGACAACAAAGCAACGCAUCGGCAGUCAGUGACGCCCAGAGAUCCGCACUCGUCACACAGAAGAAGGGCACGAGUGUUGUCCCAAACCCGACGACUCCUACAAAAUAAUAAUCUGAUUAUUAUUUUCAUUCAAUUCUUAUUGUUUUUAAU